UGUCCAAACCUUAUAUAUGAGUGAGUUUGAUACACCUGCUCAAAGCACACACUGUUCUCUAUUAUUUAAGAAUACUAAUACUAAUAAUGCUUGAGUGAGUAAUAACAGCAUAAUAAUACAACUAUUUUCAUAUAUUUAUUUAUAUCCCAGGGUGACCUCAGGUCAACUGUGUGUGUGUGUCUCUCUCUCUCCCCUGUGAUCCUGGCAUCAUGUAAAGUUGGGUAGAAGAGGAAUAAAGGUCUUUUCCUGGUUUGAACUCACGUCCUCAGCUCCAGUGAAGGGAAACGUUGAUGCUUCAGAUAUAAAACCAUUCUGACGUUCAGGUGUCACGUACAUUUGGCCUUAUAGUGUAUUCCUGAAUAUAAAUCGAGUUUUUACUUAAAAUUCAAUUCUUUCCUCAAACAAAUAGUUUUUCCCGUAGUAUUUAGAGAAGCGGUGAGGAGCUCGGUUUAUUUAUCUAAAGCCCCCUGGGUGAAGAUCCUCAUGAAGUUGUGUGAGGAGAUGUCGAGAGCGUGCAAAGCUUCUUCUGGAUGCUGUUAAGAAUUGAAACUAUAAAAUGGUUUGGAUUUGUUUAACGCUGUUUGUGGUCACUGAGUAAAUCUGUAGGUGUCAUUUCUUUAAGCCGGUGUAUUCGAACUGAAUGUUAAUAUGGGGUAAAUAUAUUACUGGUUAAAGUUUGGACACGUGCGUCUGUGAAUGUGUGCGGGGACGAAAUGUCGCAUGAGGCUUCUGCCCUUCUUCCUGUUAAAAUAGUCUGACGCUCUUUUACGUGGUCUAGCGAUACAGGCUGCGUCCUUUUUUGCAGGAACAUCUUUUAGUUCUCACGUCAAGAGCUCAGCUCAGUAUAUAAACACACGCAACACUGAGAGUGAGGUUCUUCCUGAAGAAGAGAUGAAGACGCUGCACUUGUCUGUGAUUCUGCUCACGCUGUCCGGUGUUCUCACUCAGGACAGUGAUUUGGGUGUGAAAUAUCCGGAUAAUCCGAUCUGUGCUGUGAGAGGAUUCAGUGUCUCCAUUCCCUGUAGUUAUUAUUAUUAUUAUUAUCCAACAUCAAAACCCAGUAUUCAGGUGACACAAAAGCUUUGGUGCUCAAUGAACUCAAACACAGACAUAUGUAUGAACCCCCCGUAUGUUUAUAACAGCUCAUCAAUCACCACAUCAGACUUUGAGUACGCUGGAGACGACAAAUCAGACUGCACUUUGUUAAUCCACAAUGUACAGUUCAGUUAUUCUGGAGAGUACAGAUUCAGAUUUAUAACUGAUAAUCCCAGUGACAGAUACACAGGUGUAUCUGGAGUGAUUCUACAAGUUGCAGAUUUAAAGGUGUCACUAAUCAGGCUCAGUGGAAUCGGAACCCUUAAACAAGGAGACUCGUUAAAUCUGACGUGUGAUGUGAACUGCACACAAAGUUCCUCACAGUUUGUGUGGUCUAAGAACAACGAGCGCUUAAAUACAUCAGGACGCGUUCUUCACUUUCCUGCUGUAACCGUGAGGGAUUCUGGGAGUUACACCUGCACUUGGAAAACCAACAGGGCGUCAGGAUCUGAAACGAUCAGCCUUCUCGUCGAGGAUCCUGGUCACUGGUCAGUCUGGAUCAUUGUUUUAGUGACAGCUGGAGUGAUUUUCAUGGUCUUAGCUGUCCCAGCUGUGAUUUACAUCAGGAGGAGGAAAUGUAAGGCUCCGGAAGACAACGGGGGGGAAAGUGGAGAGAAAACACAGACAAAGCCACAGUUAAAACACGUUUCUCAAGAUCCUGAUGAAGAAAAGUGGAACAAAGAGGACGUGACUUACGCGUGUGUCCAAAACAAAGCUACAACCAAAAGGUCAGAGGUCACAGCGCAGCUAAACCGAGUUCCUCGGCCUGAUGAAGAAGUGUUAGAUAAAGGAGACGUGGUUUAUUCGUCUGUGUGCGUCAACCCCAACAAACCAGCCCAACAGUGUGUCCAGACUGAGCAGAAGGAGGAGGACGAUUGUGUGAUCUACAGCGUUGUGAAAAAGGCCUGAUGACGCUUUCACACCUCAUUCACCCUCAGAACAGAUGAGUUUUAUUUAGAGAGCAUCAUAACGCCUGGGAUUUUUCCCGUGCAUGCAACUCAGUAGGAUUUAAGACUUGCUGAUAUCACAGGAAGUGCCCGUUUAUUUACUGUAAACAUCCUGUUUGAAGGACAUUUUAAAUGAAUUUGUUUAACACAUUCUUAUGAUUUCUUUAGUGUAAUUUAUCUUGUUUUUGAGUAAACAGACUUUUACUUCUUAGGCCGCUUUAAGCUCUAUUCACACUGGUUUACUUUUACACGUGUCGAUGGAUUUGAUUUCUCUGGGGUUUUAGUCGCGUCUGAAUCUGUCAGGUCAGAUAUUUUUACAUACAUUACAUUUAUUCACUUAGCGGACGCUUUUAUCCAAAGCGACUUACAAAUGAGAAAGAUAGAAGCAAAGCGAAAUCAAGCAGAGAACAAUACAAGAAGUGCUACCAUACGAGAUCUAUUAAUCGAAUUCCAGAAGAAGCAAAGUGCAGAGUAGAGGUGUAAGUGCUUUUUUUAUUUUAUUUUAUUAUUAUUAUUAUUAUUAUUAUUAUGAGUUGGUUAGGUGUUGACGGAAGAGGUGGGUCUUUAGCUGUUUUUUGAAGGUGGUGAGAGAUUCUGUGGUCCGGAUUGAGAUUUGAAGUGCAUUCCACCACUGAGGAACAGUUAGUGUGAAGGUUCUGGAAAGGGACCUUGCGCCACGCUGAGUUGUUGCAUGUACAUACUGUACAUGCAAAUGAACGUGUCUGGAAAGAGGACACUGUAAUUUAAAAGGUCCUGUAGAAUACACAAGAUAUUGUUUAUAUCCACAUAUUUGUGCAUCAUAACGCCUGGGAUUUUUCCCGUGCAUGCAACUCAGUAGGAUUUAAGACUUGCUGAUAUCACAGGAAGUACCCGUUUAUUUACUGUAAACAUCCUGUUUGGAAGGACAUUUUAAAUGAAUUUGUUUAACACAUUCUUAUGAUUUCUUUAGUGUAAUUUAUCUUGUUUUUGAGUAAACAGACUUUUACUUCUUAGGCUGCUUUAAGCUCUAUUCACACUGGUUUACUUUUACACGUGUCGAUGGAUUUGAUUUCUCUGGGGUUUUAGUCGCGUCUGAAUCUGUCAGGUCAGACAUUUUUACAUACUGUACAUGCAAAUGAACGUGUCUGGAAAGAGGACACUGUAAUUUAAAAGGUCCUGUAGAAUACACAAGAUAUUGUUUAUAUCCACAUAUUUGUGCUUUUUCUUCAGUUUAAAGUCACUCCAGGAAGCGUCCCAUCUUUUCUACCGUCUCCUGAUAAAACAGUUCCUGAGUUACUACGACAGUAGCACAGGUACAGCCUAUACACAUGUUCUAGUCAUGUGACCAUCAUGUGACCUACUCAUGCUCAAGCACAGCUUUUGUGGCCACACCCCCUCGCAACAAGUUCUUACUGUAUAAUAAAGGACGAAGCAAUCAGUUUGCAUUAAAUAUAUAAGGUGUGUGUAUUAGGCUACUUUUAGUGCAACAAGCGUGUGUACAUCAUGAAGACACGCCCAUCUGUGUGAUCCAUACAGAGAGCCCUUCUCCUGUGUGAUUUAGUUCAGAAUCACUCCACACGUCCUCCGACAACAUUACUUAAGUCGGGAAAACUAAUCCCGUCUGAAUACGGCUUUAGAAACAAGAUUCUCUGAUUCUGAUGAUGAUUAUUAGCAUUUAAUGCAGGAAAUCUUUAAUUAUAUAAAAUCCCAUCACACAAAAAAGUGUCUGGCAAAUGAACGUAAAUGUAAAUGAUUGUUUGCAUCCUUAUGUUAGUAGAGUACUUCAUUUUAUUUUAUUCUAACAAAAACCUAUUUUAAUCAUAAUGGGGAAAUGUUGUGGUUUGACUUUUUAUGUACAAGGUAACAUAUGUGCUGCAACAUAUAUGCUAUAUAGUUUCCUUCCUAUAUUUUUAAGCUGUUAUUUAUCUUUAGAUUGUUUUACUUUAUUAAUUAACACAGUGACAGUGAUGAUAAUGAUCAUGCACACUGCUAUGUUCAUGUAUUUCCCUGAUAUGGUUUGAAUAAUGUAGAUUAAAUUGUUUUGGGGUUUUUAGCACCAGAUUCUCAACUCUCUAGUUUGAUUCUUUCAGAAAAUAAAUGUAUAACGGUUGAGUGUAAAAGCAGAGUGUAUGUUACAAAUAAAAUUGAAUUGAAUUGAA